CCCUCUCUCAGUCUCGGAGGCGGGACAUUCCUGGGUCUGUGCUGUCUGCUGACGGGCUGCGAGACGUUCGAGGAGGCGUUGGAAAUGGCCAGCAAGGGCGACUCCACCAACGUGGACAAGCUGGUGAGAGACAUCUACGGGGGAGACUACGAGCGCUUCGGCCUGCAGGGCUGCGCCGUGGCGUCCAGUUUUGGUCACAUGAUGUGCAAAGAGAAGCGAGACAGCAUCAGCAAAGAAGACCUGGCCCGAGCCAUGCUGGUCACCAUCACCAACAACAUAGGAUCCAUAGCACGGAUGUGUGCCGUCAAUGAGGUAAC